AUGCAGGCCGAUGGUCUGAAUCAGCUUGCCACCAGUAAUGCGGGUCGCGUUGACUACAGAGAUCCGUUCCCGGGAAGUACGGAAAAUAAGAGCUUCACAUUUGCAUCCAAUCCUAAUAGCCGCUCGUAUAUGGGUGAUGAUUCAAGAGUAUCGAUCACAAAUAUCUCCGCCGCGGCACCAACAACGACUAUGGAUAUUGCUGUGUGA